UUCUUCUGUGUGACGUCUCCUUGUCUGCGUGUUUUUCCAGCCCGAGCUGCCGCUUUAAGACACCGAUCGUUCAGUGUCUUGAUUAAUUCCCAGCGGCGUGUCAGUUGACAAACGUUAUUCCACGUCCACAGCGCGUGGAGCACCAAGUUCCCCGCACGCGCGUUACGGACAUGAUGAAGGCAUCCUGAUGGAAUAAAAGUCCGCGCCGCCGCUCGGGGAGGAAUUCUCACCACCCAGUCCUCUGCUGGAGAUAAAAAUCCAUCCACACGUCGAAGCAGAAGGACGCAAGGAAAAUCUGGUCGGAAGCCAUGGCGUCGGAAAAACACGCUCUUGAUGACUCUGGCCGUCAGACCAUGCAGCCCCCUCCGUACCUACCAGGGCCGCAGGACCCCAGUGUUCCCCAGCACCCCGUCAUGCCAACCGCACCAGGAACCCAGCCCAACUACCCUCCUCUGCCUCAGCCUCCAGGCUCAGACGGAUACCUCCAAGAGACACAGUUCCACUGCGGCCCGCUGGGACCCCCAGGGGCCCCACAGGGCUACACAGUCCAAACCCAGGGACCGGGAGGGACAAUGCCUCAUUCCCCUGUUGGGUACCUUCACCCAGGCUACCCCCUUCAGCUGCAGCCCUGCACAGCUUAUGUGCCCGUCUACUCCAUGGCAUCGGGUCAGCCCUACGUCCCAGCCCCUGGAGGUCACCCAGCAAUCCCACCGGGCCAGAUCCAUCCCAUGCAAAUGCCACCAAGCAUUACUCUAAUGGACCGCCGACCGCCACACGACUACCUGCCCAUCGCCGUGCUCACCACAGUCUGCUGCUUCUGGCCUACAGGCAUCAUCGCCAUCAUCAAAGCAGUGCAGGUGCGCACUGCAAUCUCCAGAGGGGAUAUGGUGACGGCUGAAAUAGCCUCACGUGAGGCGCGCAACUUCUCCUUCAUCAGCCUGGCAGUUGGCAUUGCCUCCAUCGUGCUGUGCACCAUCCUGACCGUGGUGGUCAUCAUCGCCUCGCAGCACCAUGAUGAUGACUGGGAGCCGUAGCUGCAAGCCGGAAAUCACACAUGAGCCUGCUGACUACUGUCAGGUGAAGGGUCAGCAAGCAAUGCGCUCAACUCACAAAUGACCAAACGCAACCGAUCACCCCUGGUGUUCCAAACCAAAUAAAAGCCGCCAUCAAAUGAAGCCCAGUGUUGUUGUUAGCAUUUCACAUUUACACUCUGUGUUGAGCUUCAGAAGGGAAA